GUCCUUUUCUUCGUAGUUUUGGGAAAGUCUUUCAGGAAGUUUAGAUGACCCAUUUCCAUAAUAAUCGUUUUUUACAGCGGACAACCUAUUUCGCCUUACAUUUUGAGUGUCUUGCAUGCCACCAAACUGUAAAACAAAGCCGUGUUAUGAGAAAAAUAUUAGACCUACAAUGCUUCCAUUGUAUGUGUGAAUUUCGGACACAAUAGCGAGAGGAUUCAAGAUGUAACGGGAUUUCAGGAGUAGUGAAAGUUUUUAUAGGACACAAACGAAUGAUUCAGGUACAUAUCUUCGUGGAAGGGCUAAUCACGGUAUGCUGUGUUUUCCUUUGUUUUCAACUACAAUAUAGGCCUUUAUUUCGGAUACAACAGCGAUCUAUUUAUUUGUAUGGGUUCCAUAAUUUUAGCCAUAGUGAAAAUACAUGUCAAUCCGCUUUCCGGGGGGACAGCAACAACAUACAUUCCGCGUUAUGUAAUGCCCUACUGUCAUGGGGAAUUCCUCAGAACCAAUAUGAAAGUGGUAAACCAAGGUACUCGCCUGGACCAAUUCGUCGUAACCCUGGUGUAAAAUCAGCGGAGCCGAUUGUGAAGAUGAAUGGACAACAGGGGCCAUGUGGACCCUCAGCUUUCUGUGUUGAACGGGGUCCUCUUCAUUCCGGGGCCCCGACACCAGGUCCUUGGGGACAGCCCUUCUAUGCCUCCGUGAGCCACCUGGUUAACAUGGUGCAGCGUGGGGCCCGGCGCCGACGGAGCAGCCUCAUCAGACACAUCACUGGGCACGCUCUGCCUCAGACUGAGAGUGCUGCACAACCGGCCGGGUUUGGACUUAAAUUUAACAAAUGCGCCCAGGUCGGGGAGGGCACGGAGUUCCCUCAUCUGACGUUCUUUCUGCUCAUCCACAACAUCGGGCCUCCAGGGGGCACCAACCUGUCCCAGCUGGCCAUCAGGGACUCUGUCUCUGGGAUAGCACCGCUGCAGAGUGGGGGGACAGUGGUGGAGAAAGGCUUCCAGACCUUUACCAUCGAUUCACUGCCAGCUGGGUCUCGGUACACUGUCACUUAUACGGCCCUCAUCAAGGGUCACAAGAGCGUGGUCCUGGACCUGCCAGCCUUCCUCACUUUCUCCAACGCUUCGCUGAAUGACGUCAGUAUGUUUGGUCCGGUGGUGGCUAAUUUGACCCUGAGGCUGAACUCCACGGACAAGAUUUACCCCAAUCACGGUGUCCACUUCGCUGGGUUUGUCUGUGGUUUCUUCCUGUCCUUGUUGUUGCUGUCCCUGGGAUUUCUUGCCAUAAACCUGAUAUGUGCUCGAGCCAGGAAAAACUCUCUGCAGCAAAGGAAAAAACGAGGCGAUUCAGACCCUGAGUAUGCAGUGUGCAACAUGAGUGAGACGGUCAAAGAAGAGGCAGCAUUUGAAGACAAAAUGGUGGACAUCAUGGUGCUUGAAGAACCCCAGAACAUGUAUCAAGCUCUGGAGAACUUGGAAAUGUCCAGCCUGCUGCAGGCCACCUCCAGCCUCGAGUCCAGUCGCGUCCAGAUGUACAAGGACGUAAUUGCCGCCCUGCUGGCCUCACUGCGCUCCCAGAACCACAUGUCCCAGCAGGCCGAGCAGCGCCUCCUGAGCGUACUCCACGGCCAGCUGAUGGGCAUGGAGGGCAAGCUGAAGGAGGAGCAUGUGGCGCGCAUGGCCACCCUAGCGGCCCAGUGUAACCUGGAGACCCGAGAGCAGAUGGAGGCGGAGCACCGCAGGGAGGCCCAGGAGAAGGCCCAGGCCGAGGUGCUGUUUCGACACGCCGACCAACAGGAGCUUCUCCAAGUGAGUGUCCUCCUGGAGAAGCUCCACAAGCUGAACCAGAGUCAGCUCCAGCGCAGCCUGCUGGUGAAACACGAGGAGGCCUCGGCUCGGGUUCAGAGGCAAAUAGUGGAGUGGAGGAGGGUAGAGCUGCACAAGAUCUUCUCAGAGGAGCUGGAGGAGGCCACCAGGAUGGGCGAGCUGGAGAAGAACGUGGCUCGGAGUCUCCUGCACGACUACUUCACCUGCCAGAAUCAACUGGAGGAGGUGCUGGACGUGGUCCUGGCCAACCAGCGUUGCAUGCUAGGGGAACGCCACGCCCAGAGGAGGUUCCUGGUUCACAGUCUCUACAGCCUAAAAGGCCUCAUCUCCGAGACCUUCUCCAAGACCUCCAGCCAAAUGGAGAACUGCUUCAAGGAACAUGGGAGGGGGAGCGAUGUGUCCGAGGAGCAGAGGGAGCAGCAGCUGGACAAGGUCCAGAAAGAGCUGGUUCUGGUGAAGCAGCGACUGGAUGAGGCUCUUAACCGUGAGAGGAGGGCCAUGCACUGUGGCCUGGUGAAGAAGAGGAGGGAACUCAUCUCAGACAUGCUCCAGGGCCACAAGCAGAGGCAAAGGGAGCUCUCUGCCCUAUCUCGGGGAGGUCUGGAGGGGGAGAGGGCAGAGGUGGAUCCGGCUCAGCACCUCCUCUGCUGGCAGAGCUUAUUGACCACCCAGUGCCAGGAGCUGGGGGAGCUCAUCAACAACCUGGAUGAGGAGGCAGCUGCCGACAUCCGCAAGGUCACCAUGCGGCUGAUCCACAGCUCCAUGGCGGAGGUGAAAGUGAUUCAGGCUGCCAGUCAGGCUUUGCUGGCCCUGGGGCCCCCCCAACAGCCAGAUGCGGGGGCCACCGCGGGGGCUGGCACCAGCGCUCUCUCUCAGGCCCAGGAGAGGCUCCACCUGGAGGGAAAGGGGGCCGUGAGAAUCCUCCAGGCCUCCAGGGACUCCCUGCGCCAGGGCAUGAUGAGAGAGCAGCGGGCGCAGCUGGAGAUGAGGGCCAGGGCACGGGCCUUUUUCCGGUCUCUGUGCUCGUCUCAGCUCACCUUGUCCGACGAGGACCUGCUGCGUAUGAUGCUGGAGUUCCAGAAAUGUCUGUCCCGGAUGGACCACUGCCUGGUGGUGCCGCACGCUCUGUCCCGCUCCAAACUGCAGACAGCUUUGACCUCCUGGAGGAAGGAGGUGCUGGAGGAGCAGACUGAGCCGUCGCAGCAGCCUGAGAACAAAACAAGGCCAAGAGGGAAAUCCACUGAGGACAGACAGAGAGCAGGCCCCUCUGAACUCUUGCUCUUCCGGAAGAAGAUGGAAGGCAGAAUCCAGCUGUUCGAGAAAGAAAAGGAGAUGGAGAACACCAUUAUGGAGAAGGUGCUGGAAGAGAUGCAAGGUGAGCGGGAGGUUGAGCUCCAGAGCCAGGUGGAUGGCCUGGCCGUGCAGAUGGCUGCACUCCACUACCAGAAGGCUGAGAGAAGGACCAGGGUCCUGGAGACAUCCAGAGCCCUGCUCACCGUCCAGAGCCUCAUUACAGAGGAGCUACGUGCCAGCAGGAGUCUGGCCUCAGCCCCCAUAGCCCAGAGCAUCCAGAACCACUAUCUGGGUUUGGAAGAAGCAGAGCACCAGCUCCAGAGAGAGCACGCAGAGCUGGAGAGUCUGGAAACUGGGCCAAGCAAACCUCCAGAACACAAACUACCCAAACACUCAGACGCCUCUGCAAAUGAAGACGAGGGAGAGGAGGAAGAUGGGAGGCUGUUCCGAAUAGAACGUGACAGCCGCAUGGCUGCUAUACUACACGAGGCCUUAUACAAAUGUGAUCAGGUCACCAGUCUGCAGAUGGAGAGGUUACAAGAAGCCAACGCCAGGAGUCAGGCUAUGGAGGAUCUCAAGGAGCAACUGGAGCUGAAGAGGCUCUACUCUAACUGUGACCAGGACCUGGAAUUCGCGGCCAGGUUGGUAAGGCAGAGCCAGAUCUCAACUGAGGUUCUCCUGGAGGCUCUCCGUCUGCUCCUCCCCACUCUCCCAGAGUCGGAGCUGCUCUCCCUCAUCGAUGCCCUCUGUCCCAAGCAGCCUACCCUUCUGGGGUCCACAGAGCAGCAGAACCCAAGUUGGCCAGAGGGAGCGGGCAAAUCACUGCUGGUCAGACUGAGGGCGGAAAUGAUUGGGAGGAAUGUCUCAGCCCACUCAACAAUCCUGGAGCAAAACCAGUUCCAGGAGAAGAGGCAGAGUCUGUUGGAGAGGCUUUUCAUGAAUCCCAGACCUGAGGCUCCUAGGGACAUCAUGCCAGUGUUGGUCCAGGAAAAGGGGAGGGAGGGAGCUACUCUACUCACUCCACAACAACUUGCUUCCAAACCAGUUGUGACUGGAACGAGCCGAACCCCAGCCUCGGAGCAGCUCCAAGACUCUGUUCUGAUUUCAGUGGGAGGUGCAUCGGUGAACAGUGAAACUGUGUUUGACUCCCAACGUACAACCGCAGCCUCCACCUUUGGUUCAGCUAGCGGUGCGGUGAUGGUGGACAUCCCCACUACUGGAGAGAGGGUGUUUGUGUUCCGCUCACCGCCUGAUCCCCUGAGCACGCAGGGGACCACCGACUGUAAGAGGAAGAAGAGAAACUUCCUUAAUUUGAAGAAGGGUUCGGUGGCCCCCAUGGACCGACCUUGAGUUUACUGGGGAAUUCAGAGGACCAAGGCAAAGACUUGACACUAGAUUCUGGGCAUACCCAUUCAUGGAUUAAACCCCUGUCAAUCUGUAGUGUUGUUGCCAUGGUCACUAACAUUAUAUAGACACAGCAGCCAAAUAAAGACAAUUAGUAGCUAAACCUUUUAUUUAAAAUGUUGAUGACAUAAAAUAGAUUUUCGAUGCAGUUUAAUGUUAAAUAUCUAAUGAAUAUUGAAGGAAGUACACUAGGGUGACCACAUUUUCAAACCACUAAACCGGAGGUGUAACCGCACGUUAAUGCACGCGCACAUGUAUGCGCUUAAUGCACGCGUGUUGGUCUUCAUGCGUGCUUGUGGUUGGUGUAACGGAGGGGUGCUUUGAGCUUUGAUGAGAAACAUUACAGUAUUAAUAUUAUUGUGGUGAAAACCUGGUCAAUUUGGUAGUGAUUUUUUGUGUUUUACAGAUAUUUGUCGGGACCCGUGACACCCAGCUUGAAACCGGGACAGUCCCGGGCAAAACGGGACGUCUGGUCACCCAAUCACACUGAAUUUUAGCUAAUUAAUCAACGUUAUCAUUACUAGCUAUUCUUGACUGACGUUGCAUGCUGAUGAAAACACUGCCGUCUAAGUACAUUUUAUAAUAUGACGAUGAUGAUGAUGGCAGCGUUGUAUUCAACUUGAUAUUAGCCUACAUUGGCAAUGUUGAAGUAUUUCUUGAGCCCCUUUAGUGUAACUUAGAAGAAACUGAAAAUAACCUGUCAGUUAAGUCUGGUUAAAGUAAUUAACUUCAAUUCAAUUUCUCGUCAUCAAUGUGGCUGCGGCGUAUAUUGAACUCCCGUGACCAUGGCAACGACACAACCGAGUGACGGAGGUGCAAUCCAAGAAUAAGUUCCCCACACCCUGGUCCCAGAUCUAAAAUGCGUUUGGGGAUGUGAUUGUACCUGGGACAGGGACACGUACUCUCCACUGUGUGGUCUAACAGGUCCCAGCCGUGUGAUAGUGAUAUCAUGAUGACAAUGAACUGAAUGACGAUAAGUCUCAUUAUGCCGAGUAGUCAACAGGUAAGGUACAUUAGCCAGAUAGGUGCAAGCUUUAUAUUUAGGCAGCUAAUUUUUCUUAGGACAAAUUAUGCAUGUCUUAUGAAAUACCUUAACCGUAUAUUCACCCGUAUCAGUACUGCAUGUUAUAAAAUGAAUGCAAUUUUGAUAGAUCAAUUAAAAUGAUGUUGAGGAGUAGUAGGCUAUAUUAGUGUGCUCCUCCGAUGUACAUGGCAUGCUACACCGGCAACAAUGUUUGGCGAUCCAAAAGGUAUCACUUGAUUUAAACCAAACCGGUUAUAGGGUUAGUAGCAUAUUGUGAAAAUAGGAUAUAUGCCAAGGAUUACCAUUAAAAAGCCUAAAUGUCCAAUUUUCACAACACUCACCAUUUACUAUACCAACUAUUAACAGAUCAAGUUACCAAUUAACAUGAUAAUCCUUCAUCAACCAAACAAAUGCUUCCAAAGUGUGUUCAGUACAUUUCUGUGACAUGUGGAUUGCAACCCAUUCUGUAUAUUGUUUAUAAAUAGACUCCACUGCCUCUUGUUUCCAAAAAUCAAUAAGAGGGCGAUAUGUUUUUCAUUUCCCGCCAUGUUGCCCUUACUUAAUCUUCGACGUCAUCGUCAUUUUUUUUGUUGCUCUACAAACGAUAAAUAUUUCUGAACCGAGCACAGUUGAAUUUACACAGUUGAAUCUUGCGUAGUUGAAUUUGAAGAAGCCCGUUAAGACCAGCGCAACAACGAUUGGAAGAUGAGACCCGCGUGUUUGUUCUGUGUCUUCAGUUUUAUUUGGCUGGCGGAAUGUACACCUCCAACAUGCUAUUCCCGAAUGCUCGAACUGAGCAAGGAAAUAAUGCAACUUUUGGAAAAGUUACACAAUUAUACUCGCGCGAAAACAUGCGUUGAAGUUUUGCCCAAGAUGUUUAUAGACGUGCACAAUUCGUGCAUCACAACCAAGCUCCGCGACUUCCUCUAUAUUCUGUUGAACCAUCCUACACAGUCCUGCCAAGAGCGACCCAGGAUUGUGUUGUUGAAGCUCAAAGUCACCAACCUAUAUACAAUUAUCAACAAAAUCUGUUAUAGGGAACUAGUGUUUCUCACAGAUGACUGUGAGGCCUUGGAGACUGGACAGAGUACCCCUCGCUAUGGAGAGGACAGGCUUCAGCUGCUGGUGGAGGAGAAGAGAUAAGCCCACCCAGAGACGAGCACAUAUUCCUGCUAGCACAUGCACACGCAUGCAUGAACAAACAGCACAUAUACUACAUACGUGCAAAACAUGCUCUUACGUACGCCCACAAAAAAUGUAUGCAUUUUAGGAAUCUCUGUCCAUUCUUUUUCUACAUCCCAUUUCCCCCUAAUCCUCCCCUUAGCCCCAAAAACCUAACCCAAACCCUUAAAUAUAAUUCUUUAACACAGCCUCUCACCUUAAUUAUAUCCUGUGCGAGAAUUGCAACUUUUAGUCUAUACAUAAGCCCUAAGCAAAAAAUAAAUCAAUGUGAAGACCAAUGAAAUUGCCCACAAGUUCAUGUUCAGUUUUUGUGUACCCAGCAGGAUUCUUAAAUGGGAACAGGCACACAUACGUACAUACAUAUGAAUGGAAAUGUGAGGGCAUGGAAAUCAAAUUCAACUAACAAACACACACACACACACCACACAUAAAGCAUAGCUUAACACACAAACGGCACCCGUCUGUUGCAACAGUUUCCCCCCCCCAACUUAUAACGGUAAAACGUUUGUAUUUGGCCAAGUAAGGCCUCAUGUUUGACAGCAUGCAUCAAGGGAAACAUUCCACCAAGUGGUGGAGAACUUUCCACAGGAAAUUUGCUGAAUGCCGGCCAUUCCGAUGAAAACCUUAAAAUAAUAAACCAGUGCAAAAUGUUAGUGUGCCUUGCUUACUGCUGCUUAUUUACCACACCGUUCGAAAGGGCACGACUCACUUAUCCAAAUAUGUUGUAUGUUUUCCUAACCCUUCAUACUACUAAGCUCUCUUAAUGCUAAAACGUACCCAGUUCCUAGCGUAAAUACCGCUGAGAGGAGUUAUCUCAUGCUUGUUGUUUGAUUAUGUGAACAGGCUUGAUCUCUAACCUCAUUUGGAUUUAGCCUAUACAUACAGUAUACCCUGAUUGUGUUUUCUAUGUAACUGGUACAGUUGACUUCACUAUACCAUAUUGUCAGUGUUUUACUUAUGCAUGAAUGUUAUGUGUGCAAUAAAAAAAGCUAUGUUGUU